AUGACCAAGUGGGGGGUUGUAGUGGCACUAACACUGCUGUUAGCGACGCCUAGUUUAGUGCUAGGCGCCUGCCCCAACAAGUGUUCCGGACACGGCAAAUGCGGUCUCAAUGACGUCUGCCAAUGCAUGCAGAACUGGGUCGGCGGUGAUUGCUCGGGUCGGCAAUGUGCGUUCACUCGCGCGUGGCAAGAUACAGCACAGCGCGACGACGACGCACACUACCACGCAGAAUGUGGCAGCCGCGGAACGUGUGAUCGAGCUACUGGAGAAUGCACAUGUGACGCAGGAUUCAUCGGCAGCGGCUGUCGACGAAUGCAGUGUCCCAAUGACUGCAGUGGCCACGGCACGUGUGAGUUUAUUGAGGAAUUGGCGACGGAUACGGCCCACAAGCGGAUUGGGGGAGUGGCAGGUCGUAAAUACACGCUUUGGGACCAAGAGAAGAUCAUGGGCUGCGUAUGUGACGCCAACUACGAAGGUCACGAUUGCUCGAUGCGCUCGUGUCCUAGAGGCGACGAUCCUCUGACCCCGAAUCAAUACGACAUGGUGCAAGCUAUUAUUCUUGAUAAGGCUGGCGGUGAGGGGUACUUGACGUACUAUGAUCCGUACGGCAAUGCGUAUACUACGGAGAAAAUCACGCUUGGUGGAACGCUGAGUGUCGCUUUUCAACCAACAGACGAUGAUACCACAUGUGCAAACAUUCAGAAGGCGCUCCGCCGUUUACCGAACAACGUGCUCAACACAGUCACUGUGAUUUUUACGUCGGAGCCGGGCACUACGGGGUAUCAGAAUUUGCUGGAUUGCAAUGUUGCCGCGCAUGGCGAUACUAAGGGCCAGCACCCGCUUACUACUGCGUAUCGUCCAUUGACCGAGCUCACCGAGUGUGCUGGUCGCGGCACCUGCGACUACGACACAGGAACAUGCGAGUGCUUCGCGGGCCACAUGGGCUUGGCAUGCCAGAAGCAGGAAGCGCUCGUCUAG